GUGUUCUGAGUCGCAACUCGCAAAGCCGGCGUUCUCUCGCGAUCAACUGAUUAAUUGUCAGGAAAGCAACGUGUUUUGCAAAAUUUAAUCAAAAGUUGUUCUGUGAAAAUUCUUAUUGUAAUCCAAUAAUUAUUACCAAAAAAUGGCUGCAAUGUCAGUAAUAGGUAUUGAUUUUGGUAAUGAAUCUUGUUAUAUUGCUGUGGCAAAAGCAGGUGGCAUUGAAACAAUUGCCAAUGAUUACAGCCUGCGAGGUACUCCAUCAUGUGUGGCCUUUUCACCAAAGAAUCGUAUAUUAGGUGUAGCUGCAAAAAAUCAAAUGGUCACAAAUAUGAAAAAUACCGUAUUUGGAUUCAAGAGACUAUUAGGUAGAAAAUUCUCAGAUCCACAUGUUCAAAAAGAAUUGAAACAAUUCCCGUUUAAAGUAGAACCAAGGGCUGAUGGUGGAAUUGGGAUCAGAAUAAAUUAUCUAGGAGAAGAUAAUGUGUUUAGUCCUGAACAGAUAACUGCCAUGCUAUUUACAAAACUGAAAGAGUCUGCUGCAAUCGCCUUACAAACACCCAUAAAUGACUGUGUUAUAUCUGUACCUAGUUAUUUUACCAAUGCAGAGAGAAAUGCUCUUCUUGAUGCUGCUGCUAUUGCAGGUCUGAAUGUUUUGCGCCUUAUGAAUGAAACAACCGCAACAGCUUUGGCUUAUGGUAUUUACAAGCAAGAUUUACCAGCUCCAGAAGAAAAGUCGAAAAAUGUUGUUUUUGUUGACUUUGGACAUAGUUCCCUUCAGGUGGCAGCUUGUGCGUUCAACAAGGGUAAAUUGCGUAUACUUGCGACAUCUUCCGAUCCUUGCUGUGGUGGACGGGACAUUGACAUAGCCCUUGCUGAAUACUUCUGUCAAGAUUUCAUGACCAGAUACAAGUUGGAUCCCAGAAAAAAUCAAAGAGCUUACUUGCGGCUAUUGCAAGAAGUGGAGAAGUUAAAAAAACAGAUGUCAGCGAACAGCACUCGUUUGCCUCUCAACAUUGAGUGUUUCAUGGAGGAGCGUGAUGUCUCCGGUGACAUGCAGCGCUCACAGAUGGAACAGAUCUGUGCCGACACAUUCAACCGUGUCGAGAGGACAUUGAGAAAUAUCCUCCAUAACGCAAAACUGAGGCCUGAAGACAUCAGCGCUUUAGAAAUUGUUGGUGGCUCCACUAGAAUUCCUGCUGUGAAAAGUUUGAUUGAGCAAGUGUUUGGAAAAGCUCCAUCAACUACACUUAAUCAGGACGAGGCGGUGUCCCGCGGGUGCGCGCUGCAGUGCGCGAUGCUGAGCCCGGCGGUGCGCGUGCGCGAGUUCAACGUGACCGACGUGCAGCCGUACGCGGUGCGCCUCGCGUGGGACGCGGCGCGCGGCGAGGACGGCGAUAUGGAGGUGUUCCCAGCUUUCCAUGCUGCGCCAUUCUCCAAAAUGCUUACAUUCUACAGAAGAGAACCCUUCUCUGUCAGUGCUUACUACUCUGAUCAAGUACCUUUCCCAGACACAUUUAUUGGUCAAUGGAACGUCAAAGACGUGCAGCCAACACCUGAGGGAGAGUCCCAAAAAGUUAAACUCAAAGUGCGUGUCAAUAUCCACGGAAUCAUAACGGUCGCGUCUGCUUCCCUCGUUGAGAAGAAACAAGACGCUCAACAGAGCGACAAUGUCGAAAUGGAAAAUUCCAAUGAGAAUGUACAAAACAAUCAGACCGCUCAGGAAACUCCGAUGGAUACGAACGGAAGUCAGGAACAACAGAACGGACCCGAAAAUCAAGAGGUGAGAGAAGAUGAAAUGAAAGGGGAGCCGCAACAAAAACAAUCGUGGACACAGAGAGUAGGACAGUGGUUCAGCGGGGACAAGUCCAAAGAUAAGACUAAGAAGGUCCUUGUUAAAACUAUUGAAUUGCCUAUUGAUGCCAGAACACAUGGCUUCUCUCAAACUGAGUUGAACAGCUACUUGGAACAAGAGGGCAAGAUGCAAGCCCAGGACCGUCAAGAGAAAGAGCGUGCUGAUGCGCGUAAUGCUCUCGAGGAAUAUGUGUAUGAGUUGCGUGGAAAGUUGUCUGAAGGUGAAGUGUUGCACGACUUCAUCGCUGAGGAUCAACGUAGCCGCCUCGUCAACCAGCUGGACUCUCUGGAACAGUGGCUGUAUGAUGAGGGCGAGGACCAGAAUAGACAGGUUUACAGCGAUAAGCUAACAGAGCUCAGGACGGAGGGCGAACCCAUUAAGCAGCGACGCCUCGAGUUUGAGCUGCGCCCCGGAGCAUUAGAUGACUUUGCACUAGCUAUACAGUUGACUAACAAAGCCGUGGAUCUAUACAAGUCCGGCGACGCGAAGUACGCGCACCUGAGCGAGGCGGACAUACAGAAGGUGUGCGAGGCGAGCAAGAGCGCGCUGAACUGGCUGGAGGGCGCGCGGCAGGCGCUCGCGCACGCGCCGCGACACCUGCCGCCGCCGCACACCACGCACCAGAUCCGCCAGGAGAGACAGAGCUUCGAGAACACCGUGAACCCGAUCCUGAACAAACCCAAGCCCAAGGAGAAGACGCCGCCUCCAGCGAACAACACGGCCGGCGACGGGCAGAACGCGCCCGCCAGCGAACAGCAAGCCUCGCAGGAACAAAUGGACGUCGAGUGAAACCCUCGCUGCAAUUAACACGGACCCUUGAACAGUCCAACGGACCGCGAAUCACUUAUAUCCCCCAUAAAAAACACUAUACUCAACUGUCACGCUUUAAACUAACAAGCCUUAACCGUUUCAGUUACGAAUUUGUCCCUUAUGAGCGCUAUGUUAUGUUGAAUCCAUAUCGGACUUUCACUGAUUGAACAAUUUUUUUUUUAUUAUUCGCGGUUCCCGUGUUACGUAUUCUCCACUUGGACUUCACCAAGUCGUCCGUGUUAUACUUAGACUAUAUAUUGCAGGAAUAUUUGCUCCGAUUCGCCCAUAGGAAUAAUUAAUAAUAAACGUGAUUUCGAUUGUAAUGUCGCUCUAUACAUUACAUCACAGUUUAGUAUAAUUCACCUAGAUAGAUAGGUACAUAAUUACAUUUCAUUCACUAUAAAAGAAUGUAAACAUUGAAAUGGUAUUAGCUUAGAUUCUUUGAAUCUCUUCUUGCACUAUGCUAUACUCGGUGCCUGUAGCUUAUCCCACCAUGACGAAAUAUCAUCAUGAAUAGUAUAAUUUAUGAAAAAAUCAAUAGUUUAUGAAUUUUAGGUACUUAAGUAGUUAUUACUUAAUCCUAUGGGUGUAAUGAACUAACUCACAGUAUAUAUUAUUUAAUUAGUCAAUAUUUAAUUUGGUUCCCAUUUACAUUGUGUAUUUCCUAUUGGAUGAUGCAUCGGUGAUGCGAGGAGUUGAUGUAAAGCAAUUAUUUAAUUUUAGUGCAUUUCUAAUUCGAAGUAACGCAGGAUAGUAUUAUUAAUACGAUUUUAUUUUUUGGUAAUAUUUUAUAUAUUUUGUGCAUUUUAUGCGUAGUUACAUUAUCAGUGAGCAUGUGAUAAAAUGGUUAUGUUUUUUUUUUCAUUGUAUGGGUAUAAGAAUUAAAACUUUAGUAGCUUAUGCAUUCGGUUAAAAAUAUGGUGAAAAUAAAUCAGAUUUUAGUCAAAUUAGUAAUGGAUUACAAUUUACAACUUUUCAGCAUAAUACACUAUUGUGCCUAUUUGCUAUUUAAAUUCAGUUAAAAUAAUGUAUAUUUAAUAAAUUAUUGUGCAAUGACUUGACUUUAAUAUUCACGUAUACAUUUAACAAGAGUUCUAAUUCUUUGAUGAUUUUGGUGCUCAUAAUGCAAAUCUUUUUCAUUUUGCUGCACACUGUGUGAUAUUAGUGGUAUAUCAAAUUGAAAUUGCAGUAAACAUAGGCACAUAGAAGUGUAAACCGUUUCUUAUCCAAAUAUCGAACAAACAGGUCAUUGUCUUAAUUGUCAGUAGUAACAUUCCAAGGGACAACUUGAUCUACAAGACUAAAAUUUAUCUUAGAUUAUUUUUUAUUACUCUUUGGCAUAAUUAUCUAAAGUAUAAUAAUUAAUGAAAAGCUUUGUGUUUCAAAUAACAUUCACCAAUAACUUGCAGUUAUGCGGUCAAGAAUCCUUUGGCCUAUUUUGUACCUUUAAAAUAAAUGGUUGAACCAUUUCAAUGUUACAAUGUGCAUUCAUAAUGUUAAAAAGCUUAGUAAAGAAAUUUAACAAUA